CCACCAUCCCCCUCCCCCCACGAACAAGCCCGGUGCGGCUGGAGAAACUUCAGAGCUCACAACUGCUUGGAGAGCUGGUGGUGCUGGGAGGGACCUGCAGGGACACCCAGGAAAAGCCACAAGGGGACCCUGAAUUCAGGACCCAGGAGCAUGAGGCUUGAGGGACAAGAGACAGCUGGCCUGCCACGAGUGACCAUGCUGCCCACACCCAAUGGCAGUGGGCCCAGCCAGGAGUUCGGAGGCCAUUGGCCAGAGACCCCGGAGAGGUCCCCAUGCGUGGCCGGCGUCGUCCCUGUGGUCUACUACAGCAUCCUGCUGGGCCUGGGGCUGCCUGUCAACCUCCUGACCGCGGUGGCCCUGGCCCGCCUUGCCGCCAGGACCCGGAAGCCCUCUUACCACUACCUCCUGGCGCUCACGGCCUCGGACAUCAUCACCCAGGUGGUCAUCGUGUUUGCAGGCUUCCUCCUGCAGGGGGCGGUGCUGGCCCGGGAGGUACCCCAGGCGGCGGUGCGCACGGCGAACGUCCUGGAGUUUGCCGCCAACCACGCCUCCGUCUGGAUCGCCGUCCUGCUCGCGGUGGACCGGUACCGGGCGCUGUGCCACCCCCUGCACCAUCGGGCGGCGGCUUCCCCGGGCCGGACCCGCCGGGACAUCGCCGUGGUCCUGGGAGCUGCCCUGCUGACUGGCAUCCCCUUCUACUGGUGGCUGGACGUGUGGAGGGACGCGGGGCCCCCCUGCCCCCUGGACAAGGUCCUCAAGUGGGCCCACUGCCUCACCGUCUAUUUCAUCCCCUGUGGCGUCUUCCUGGCCACCAACGUGGCCGUCGUCUGCCGGCUGCGCAGGCGGGGCCGGAGCGGGCUGCCGCCGCGGGUGGGCACGGGCACGGCCGUCCUGCUGGGCCUCACCGCGCUCUUCACCUUCCUGUGGGCCCCCCGGGUCUCCGUCAUGCUCUACCACCUGUACGUGGCCCCCGUCCACCAGGACUGGAGGGUCCACCUGGCCUUCGACGUGGCCAACAUGGUGGCCAUGCUCAACACGGUGGUCAACUUCGGGCUCUGCUGCUUUGUCAGCAAGACCUUCCGGGCCACCGUCCGAGGGGUCCUCCAGGACGCCCACCUGCCCUGCGGGGUGCGGUCACAGCCCAGGGGCCCUGGGGUGGAGCCUGUGCUGAAGCCCCCCAGGGCUCCCCAAAGGGGCAGAAUCAUAGAGGAGGGGCCCAGCCAGUGAGUCGGGGGCGGCCCCGGGCCAGGUGUACGGGGCCUUGGUGGUCACGCCCACAAAACUUGAUUGACACCCUACUUUGCAAGAUGAGGGCAGAGGGACAGGCUCCUUCCUAUGGGGGUGGCCUCCCACAUGGAGGGGAGGACAGUUUACGGAAGUCUUGCACCAGCCUCACCCCUGUUUCCCGGGACAAAGCUGAUCGUGUCAGCUGCUGUGGCAUUCCUUGGUGCGGGACAUGUCACCUGGCACAUUCGAAGGCCAGGUUCAUGCUGUUGGAUGAGUGAGUGAAUGAAUGAAUGAGCAAGUGAAUGAAUGAGUGAAAAGGUGUAUGGACCAAUGGCUGACUUGUUUCCAGCCCCCCCCCUUUCGAGGGGCCCACCUCCUCUUGGUCCCUAAAUGGGCCACUUCUCUGGCUUCCAGUGGCCAGCGUGAAGAGAGGUGUCUCCAGGAUUCCGGGGCUGGGG